AUGGAGCGGGAUGCCUCGUGUCCAUCAUAUGUCAUCAUCGAGGCACGCGGAACGGGCGAGCCACAAGGUCCGUCGAUCGGUUUCAAGGCGAUGAAUGCCAAAAUCCUGUCCACGGUCCCGAAUGGAACCGACUACCCCGUCGUCUACCCCGCCGACCCGUUCAAUCAAGUCGACGUUGGUGUGCGCGACAUCAUCCGCAAGGUCAACGAUAGCCUCUCUGAGGACCCUCGCACCUGCUUUGUCCUGCAGGGCUACUCUCAAGGCGCAUCGGUGGUCACCCAGACUAUGCCCCAGCUCCAAGGGGCUGCCUUUGACGCAGUCAAGGCCGCCAUCCUCAUUGGUGACCCUACGCACGUACCUGGCCAGGCCUGCAACGUUGAUGGAGACGGAGGCGAUUCCACCAGAGAUGCACGAGGAGCCCUGUUCUUCCUCUACAAGGGUACCCCUUCCAACUGGGUGUCCAAGACGAAGAACAUUUGCCUCCCUGGAGACGGCGUCUGCCAACUCUUCCCCGGAGUCGGCACAACUCCUCCGCACUUUUUGUAUGGUUUCGACCCUUCAGUGCAGGAUCUCGGCGCCCGCUUUGCCAUCAGUGCUUUGACCUAG